GUCUUCCUAAGUGGGGUGAGCUGACCAGGACAUAUUUUGGUCUCUUCUCACCUCUCAGCCCUAUUCUCACACUUGCAGCUAGCUCUAAGGUGCGGGACUUUGCAGAGCACAUUGUGGCUCGCUUGAUUCAGCCUGAGUUCAGUCACCCAAAACCUUGCAGGUCUAUUUUGAAACAUUAUUCAAACUGUCCACUAUGGAGUUUUUUCUUUUUUUUUUUUCACUCUUGCUUCUGACAUCAUUUCCUGAAUGCUAUACUCACUGAGAUCUGUAGCCAGACCGUCUUCUCAGCAUAUGAUGCAAGGAGCUCCUUAAAAUGGAUUUCAGCUCUCCUUUUACUCUGCAGUGCUUGCUGGUGAUAAUCACUGUUAUUCAUGGCUCCUGGACCAGUGUCCUCAGCGGUGGGACAGCAGUCUUUUCUGUGGGAAUUCAAAGCCUGCAGGACCUCUCCAGAAUGAGUAAGAGGGACGUGAGAUGCUGGACAGCUGUCUCAAAUGAUACUUUGUUGGUUGAGUGUGGCACUUCUGGUGGUACAUGCCUGAACUUGCAGAAUGGCUCCCUAGUGCUGAGGAGCGUGGAGAAAGAGGAUGAAGGAAAGGACGAAUUUGUUUUUCACAACACCACUGGUUUAUUUACACUGGAAGUAUUUGAGCCGGCCAUUGGUAUCCAGUGCUUCCCUAAUGGGACCGGAGAGUUGACCUGCGACGUGACCAGCAAUGAGACCACUAGCUUUCAUUGGCUGCUGAAUGGCACUGUGCUGAGUGCCCCUGAGGCUUGCAUUAAGGAUGGUGGGAAGAAGGUGGUUCUGGAAAAAACCGUGCCCGGGGAAUUUGUAUGUGAGGUUUACCAUGGGAACAGCGUCAGGAGGACCAGGCCCAUUGUGCUGUCUUGCAGCUAUGGAGACCUGCUGCAGUACCCGUGGUUCAGUUACAUCCUGGCAGGGUGCGCAGGGGGCACCGUUAUCCUGGUGGUGGUCGUGUCCUCAGUGAUAUGUUGCUGCAUGAAAAGGAAACACAAGUUCAUUCCAGUACCUUCAGAGGAAGAGAAGGAUGAUGGACUAACAAUGUCCAUAGUCUCCAGUGAAGGUGUGAAGACCCCUCCCAGUGGAGACCAUGUCGAGGCUAAAGCUGCCCAAAUCGACUGCCCUCCAAAGCCUGAUGCUGCCCAGACUGGUCAAGGUGUUGAGCCCACACCACUGGUGGAAGAAAACUUACCAAUGGCUAUAGAGGCUGAGGAAAUGCCAGGCCCAGAGGUCAUAGUUGAUGUGGAAAGUCAGGAAAAUGCCUCGGACUGCUUCCCAGAUCCAACUGAUGACUGACCUGGCAUGCUUGCUGUUCCAGCCUGUCUUGAAGGCUACAACACCCAUCCUUUGCAUCCCAUAGUCUCAUUGUGUGUAAGAAUUGGUCUGGAAAAUUUUAGCAGGGGAAAGAUGUGAGGUGUCAGGCCUGCUAAUCUCAUUUAAAAAGUAAAAAAAAAAGAAAAAGAAAAAAUAAGGAAAAGCACAUGUGUGGCUUCAAGGCCAUGCCGCUGUGGGCUGACAGAUUCAUUAGCAAAACUGGGCAGCUCUUUGAUGUUUUGCCUGUUAAUAGAGCUGCAGCUAAACUGUAGAGCCCUAGAGGACAGCCUGAAACAAGAGGGGCAGUCCCUCCUGCUCCCUACCCCCCCCAUGCCUUGACAUGCUUUCACCAGCCAGUGGAUCCUGCAAGGGGCAGGCAUGACAGGCUGAUUGAGAUGGCCUGCCAGUCCCGGACAGAAUCAAGGACCUGCUAGAAAUUUCCUGAGAAAGCUUCUUCUCCAGAGAUUUCAAGGCAUUUUUCACAGGCCCUGUAAAAAAAGCUCGAUGGAGGUUUCAUCUAGGUAUCUGCUGUGCUGGGUGCUUAACUGAAUCGCUCCUCUGAGCUCCAAACCCUUUGUGAUUUGGCCCUCAUCGCUUGCUGUGUGGGGCCAGGAGUGGUGGUAGCUGCUGCUGUGUGCAGACCCCAGGAGGUGACGCUGGCUUGCUUGCCUUUCAAUGCCUUGUAAUGGCAGAGGGAUACUGGUUACUUUUCACCAGAACCCAACCGCUCGGGUUGCCAGUGAGUUAAAACAGCUCUGUCACUAGCUUGCUUGCUUGCAACAGAAAGGUGCCUGGGGCUUGGGUGCGUAAUUUUGGCAGAAAUGUUGAUUAUAAUGCUGAGAGCGUUCAUCAGUGCAAACAUUAGUGCCUUUAGUGCAAUGAUUUAACUACUGCAAGCUGAUUAAGCUGGCCAUCUAUCUGUGCAUGUAGGCUUUUUCAGUGCUGUGUUAUUUGCACAGACAGCAUCAAUUUAUAGAAUCUCUGAGACAAGUCUUGCUGCUAACACAUGUCCUGUUCUGCUCAGGGGUAGUUUGUGAGUGGAGCAGCUGGGGUAGACACGCAGGGAAGGAGGAGGUAAGGAGAGGGCAAGGGCUCAGUCCCAGGCAGCAGGUAGCUGAAUCUCUGGCAAAGCUGCCAGGGGCUGCAGGGCUGUCAGGCCACAGGGAUUGCUGCAGGAUGCACUGCCAGAGCAAGGUGUUUACUGUAUAAGUGCAUUUUGGUAGUUGGAAUUGAGGCAUGUUGGUGUUAAACUAGCCCAAUGGGCUAGAAAGGCAUGGUAGAGUAAAAGCAGAGAUGAUACAGAUCAGGUGGAAAGGGAUGGGGAGGUGUGCACUGCAUUCCUCUCUUCCCGUGUCAUUUUGUUCCUGUUUUAUAUUGUGCUGACAUUGUGCCAUGAAUCCCUUGGAAACAGAUUUAAGGUAUGUCCUGUAAAUGCCACCCAUCGAGGUCUGCAAGUACCCCAGCAAAAUGAAAACCGAGCUGAAUGCUUCUCUCCCAGGUGGGGGAGAUGCAGCAGGACAGCUGCAUGCUUACCUGGAAGUCCUUCAUGUCUGUGUACAAGGCAAAGCUCUGCAUCAGUGACGCCCAGCCAUAGGUGGUUGUUCUUGUUUUCUUGUCCUGUGACUCUGUUUAGAAGAUUUUUGGAUCUUGUGUGCUGUGUUGAUGGUGAUUCAGCCUGUCUCUGCUUUUUAAGGCUGCCAUAGGAAUCAGAUUUUCCACGGUAAGAGGGAGAUAAUAAUUCUUUUCCUCAUGGUGCUGCGCUAUCUCCUUUCAGUACAAACAUUCCUCAAAGGCUGUGAGUUGAAUGACAAAAACGUGAUGCCGAGCACUUGGGGUGGCAGCUGCCUGUAGGCAGCGCAGUGGCAGCAAUGCUAGGUGAACAGAGGCCAGCAUCACUGAAAUGGUAGGACGUAGUCAGCUUUGCUUUUUUUCUGCACUUUCUGGCAGGGGCAGGCAGGGGACAGUCGACUCCAGUAUAUGCUUCGAAGGCUGAACGGUGCUCUGAGCUGCGCUGGAGAACAUGCCAGCGUUGGGGUGCUGAGGGUGACAGAGCUGGACCAGCUUUGUCCUGCUGGGCUGGUGCAUUCUGGCUCCAGCUUGUCCUAGUGCUGCAUUGCUGCUCUCAGCCCUGGGAGGGCUGGGGGUGCCCUGACAGCUGUUGGCAUCACCACUGGUGUAACCCCACUGUGGGAAGGAUUUUUCCCAUUGAGAUGGGAAUCUGACACUCAAGACGUCUUUACUAGGCAGACAGGACAUGGCUGGUUUUCUGUCCUUCCCUGCUGAAAAUGUCAUUCAGCAACAGGGCAAAGGUUUCUGUUACUGUGAGGUCAGGAGAGAAGUUGUGCAGCCUGUGCUCUUCCUUUAACUGUAUGUGUUCAUGUCCAGCUAUUGUUCUUUUUUGGUGGUUUUUUUUUUAUUUUCUCUGCGAUGAUUUUGUUCCUAAUAAAAAGAUCUGUUUUCUAACUUG